AUGUCAAGAUUUAGCUGGUCCCGCGGCGGGAGCCUGUCGCCUUACAGCUCCAUGUCUGGCGGCGUCCCCAACGUGACCGACGAGGACUACAGCUACAUCACAUCUCAAGAUAUUGAUGCUCCCACCACCGACAGCUACUACGACCAGCGCCCCCCGAGCCCGCAGCCCGUCUCGGAUGAUGUGCUUCUCAUCAAGAAUAGGGGCGUCACGUACCCGGCGCACUUCCCCAAGAGAUCCUUAGCCGACGGCAAAGUCCUCGUCCAGGAUGUCGCGGAGCGCAUCGUGCUCAUGAUGGGGCUGCCGAACCGUGUAACCAGCAGCAUCAAGCUUCUGUACAAGGGCAAGAAGAUGAGCGAUCCUGGCGCCCCCGUGUGGCGCUACGGUGUUAAGAACAAGAGCGAAAUCAUGGCUAUCGUACCCGAUGGAGCCCUUGACAACAGCGGCAGCCCCUCAACUGAGGAGGUGGUGGAUGUCGCCCCCGGGCUCACCAAGUCUCAGCGUCGGCGCAAGAACAAAAAGAAGGACAAGCCUACAGCCUCGGAUGGGACGGCAAGCAGCUCCAACGCCAGCUCCUCCAAUGCAGGUGCCCCCACCGAUUCUGGGAGCAAGGGCAUGCAACAGCUGGAGGAAAUUUCUUCAUGUUUCUUCGACGAAUGGAAGCCCCUUUGCGAAGCCUUCAUCGCCAGGCCGCCAUCGGAUCCCAAGAAGAUAGAUGAAGAGCACCUCAGGCUGUCAGAGUCUGUGAUGCAACACGUGAUUCUCAAGACUGAUAACGUCGAAACUGAUGGAAACCCGGAUGUUAGGGCACAGAGGAAGGCCCUGAUUAAAGAGACACAAAUUAUCUGCAGCCGACUUGAUGAGGCGGCCAAGGCGGCCAAGGCGGCCAGGGCAGCGGCCAGGUAG